UUCAUCUCGUCGACCAUCCGAUUCCGUGCAGAACGCAACCGCACAUUCGCGUCUAAAUCGACACACGAUGACGGCUGGGAAGAGAGUGAGAUAGUAGAAGGAGACAUCGGAGAAGGCAUGAGCAUGAGCUUCGGCAGACCAAAAGGCACUCGUGUGCACUCUCAGGCACACUCACGCACACAAUCUCGUCCACACGCUGGCGGGCGAGGGCCCAAUGACAGAGUAAAGGACGGCAACUGGAUUGAUUCACCACGAUCGUACCACAGUGGGUAUGCGGGGAACCAUAGAGACAGAGACUCGGACAUCCCCACACUGACUGCGCAACGGGUAGACAGCUUCCAUCAGUCCCCGACCGCAUCGCGUGCCCACCUCCACGCACUGGCGCACACACAGUCACAGUCACAGUCACAGCCUGUACAACACCCCCACGAACGAGAGAACACAAACGGGCCAGUACGAUCCACACAGAGCCUGGGAAACGUCUCUGUCAGUGAAGUGGAGCAGAGUGGCGUGGACGUGCUGCUUGCCGCGGCAAUCGGAGGGGAGGGCCCUAUGCUGGGAAAUGGGCCGCUGUCUAAUGCAGGCAGCACCGGUACACUGAACAAUCUGGAGAUGGAAGGCAGAAGGUCUUAUAUGCGAGAUAAUUCCGCAUAUAUACCAUCUCAGGGUAACCAGGGUGCGGAGAAGUACAUACCGACGCAUGCACAAGCGCACGCACAGCAGCAGGGGAGUUCGUAUCAAGAACACCAUCCCAUGCAGUUCCCGCCCCAGCACCAACAGUUGGCCCAUCCACCAGCAAAGGGCAAAGCCUCUGGUAUGAGUGGUCGGUCCAUGGCGCACGUGAUGCAGAAGCAGAAUAGCAAUAUGUCUAGCGCCAGUGUGUACUCACACGCUCCACACGACCACCCGGCAAUGGGCCUGGCCGACGCACGCUCGCGUGAUUCGCUUGUAGGUCCAGGUUCACACAGAAACAGCACGAAUAUCCGAUCUUUUGGUAGUAUCAACAGUACUAAUAAUUUGAAUACGAAUACUAGUAUUAUUGGUGGGAUAAGGGAGGCGGGCGGGAGUGGCAUGGUGGGCGACGAAGGCGAAGGAGUUGAGGAUGGUGGUAAGGGUGUGCAGGAUCAGACACACAACCCAUUCUCGCGGUCACACUCGGUGACGUACACUGUAGCAGGGAAGCAAGCACUACAGCAGAGCUCACAUCGUGCAAUGGCGGACAGAAGAAUGGACAGGGAGUCUUCGACAGGUCAUCUGGCGCUGGCACCGAAACCUAAUUUGCCAGGCGGUAGGAGCCAAAACUACUCGCCCACAAUGGAGAUGAACAACCGAGGCGUGCCCGUACAAGUCCAAUGGCCGGGUAAUACAGGCCCAGGACUCUACACCGCACACCCCUUCGCACGGGCAAGGUCCAUGACACCCACACCCCACGGGUACGAUGCGAAUGUUAGUGCCAAUCCAAAUCCGAAUGCAGGUGCAAAUGUGCAGCAACAGGGGAACAUGGCGUCGUCUACGGCUGCACGACCUCUACAGCAGCCCUCGGGUGUGUUCUACCGACAGUCCAGCGGCGCGUCAAUGGCAAGUACCAACAUGCCUGGCUAUCCUGGAGGACCACCUAACCCUGGCGUGGCAGAUAGGGUUCGUGAACGGGACGGAGAGCAGGCGCAAGGGGACGAGCGUCGAGGGUUCCCUUCAAAACAACUGCAGCAACCGAAUGCGCAAACGCAAGUUAAUGGGGAAUAUUUGCGCCGCGCCGGCUAUCCACCACAGCACCCGGGCAGCAAUGCAACGGAGAUCAAACAGGAGAUGGCAAGCACACAGACCCCGAACGACGCAAGGCGACUCGCCCCAUCUGACCGCAGCGCCACCAAAGCGAACAGCGUGUGCUCAGACAGGUCUGCGCAUUGGAUAGUCGAAGAAGGGGAUGUCACCACAGGCGGCGAUGCCGCAGUCGCCUCUGACGGCCCAGCCCAAUUGCAGAAUCAGCCGCCUACACAGCCACCCCGGCCAUCACAGCCGUACAUGACUCACCAGCAGGACUCGCCUGCACACCCGAGAGGGGGUAUGUACAUGGGCAGUAGUGGGGAUGCGGGAUACGCACCCAAUGCAUCACAGCAAGCGAACGCACCACCGCAUGCCAACAACCCAGCAAACUCGCCGGCUUACAGUGACCGCGAGUACCCAUCGCAGGCUCAGCAAGCCCAGCAGCAGCAGCAACAGCAGGCGAAGCAACCGAAGGCACAUCCUGGAAAUAAAGGGGUGUCUCCGCGCGUGCGUGCGUCGCAUCCGUUUGCGGUGGGUGGGGCGGCGUACGGGAGCAGUACGUCGGAGAGAGCGGCCCUGGACGUAUUGAGCCAUGGUAGGUAUCAACAACAGCAGCAGCAGCAGCAGCAGCAACACACACCGAAAAAUGCGAUGGGGGACAAUGCAUCGGAUGGCGGGAGUGUGGUGCAGUCUCGGCGCUAUGGUGCAUACAAUUCGCCGUCUGCACACUCUCAGCAUAGUAUGCCGCAGCAGAAUAUGCAGCACCAGCACCACCAACAGCAACAACAGCAGCACCAGAUGCAACAUCAGCAACAACAACAACAGCAGCAGCAGCAGCAACAACAACAACAUCAGCAACAACAACAUCAUCAUCAGCAGCAGCAGCAACAACAACAACAACAACAACAACCGAAACAGCAGCAACAACAACAACAGCAACAUCAACAAUCACCCUAUGGCCAGCCUCACGGCCAACAAGACCUCAACGCCAACCUGAUGGGCACACAGUCUGUACCAAAUCUCAGUAUGCAUCCGAACUCCGGUGCGGGUGGGAUGCACGACGCCAACAACAGCCUCCGUGACAGCAGAAACAUGCCUGGCACCUUCAAUGUGCUCGUGCAGCCGCCUUCGCAUGGCGGAUACCCCUCAGGUACAAGCGUCCCGAAGAUGAGAUCACCCUCGAACUCACCGGCGCACUCCGUGCAUUCAGGUCGCUCAGCCUCACCGCCUCGUGCCCACCGCAAUAACAGUCUCAAUGCCAAUGCUGCACAUAUAUACACACAGCAACAACAACUGCUGCUGCUGCAGCAAGGUCAAGGGCAACAGCAGCAACAGCCCGGCAUGCAGAUGGCGCACCAGGCACAGAAUAAGCCACCGCACCCGAAGCAUCCGCUUACGGGACGUUCGCUAUCACAGCCACCCCCACCACCACCCAAAGGUGGGCCGUGGAGGAGGCAGCUGCAGCCGCAACCGCAACCGCAACCGCAACCGCAACCGCAAUCGCAAUCGCAACCGUCAUUACCACAAGGCCAAGCGAACCAGCCCCGAAUUUAUGCAAACGGUCCACACGGUCAAGCGCAGGUGCAUGCGCAAGGCCAGGGCCCAGUGCAGGGCCACGGGCACGCGCAGAUACAGGGACAGGCACCUCAGGGACAGUACCAAGGUCAGCCGAAAGGCAUACGCUCACCUUCGAUGGGCCAACCGGGGAUAGAUCAGCAGAUGGCGCAGCGAGGCUUUGUGGAGGGAGGGGUAGGUGGGGGGAUACAGCAAACACAGGGACAAUCUCAGGGGCAGUCACCGCAUAUGUCACAGAUACAGUAUCAGCAGCAGCAGCAUAUGAUGCAACAACAACAACCGCCACCCCAGCAACAGCAACCAUCACAACAGCAACCAUCACAACAGCAACCAUCACAACAGCAACCAUCACAACAGCAACCGCAGCACCAUCAACACCAACAAUUACAGCAGCGACCGUCCCACCCGCUACAACGUCAUAACAGCUCGAAUAUCAGACAACGAAGUGGCGGGAGUGUGUAUGGCGAUGGCAGCCCUCACAUGAUGCAGCAGUCACGAGCGAUCGGCGAUCCAUCCCGGCCACGCCCCCAGACACAGUGGAGUGAUAGAGGUGGGGAUACGAGUCGGCAGGGGUAUCAACGCCCAAUUGCCAUGUCCACGGGUCAGAUACAAGCACAGGCCCAUCAAAAGCAGCAGCAACAACAACAACAACAACAACAACAACAACAACAACAACAGCAGCAGCAGCAACAGCAACAACAGCCGCAUCAGAAACAAGGUACGCCAAUGCAGAUGCAAAACAAUGCUCAAAUGCAAGCACAACACCAGGGCCAAGCCCCGCCGCAAAUGGGUAGUGGUGGCGGAGAUCAGCGAAUGCGAGGCCGACAUGUGCUGCAACCUCAGGCACAGUAUCCUCGCCAACAAACGCAGCUGCAACAGCAGCUGCACCAAAUGCAACAGCAACAACAGCAGAUGCAGCACAGUCAACGCCAGCAGGAGAAUUCAGCUCUACCCCAGGGCCAGGGUCAGAGCCAGGGACCUAGGCAGUCUUCUCAGGUGCAGGAUGGGAGUGACGGCAAGGGAACCUCGCACAAGUAUUUCAGUGCGAAUGAACCUCCACAGAAGCAAUCGCACGGGAUAGCACAUACGAGCGGUGCGUCUACACUGCAUCGUGGAGGCAGUGCCAUUGAAGCGGCUCAAGCAGAGAAUAGGGACGACGAUAGGUCGACAAGGAACCCUAACAAGGAUAGUGGCAAACUCACACAGCCGCCCCAAGGACGCGUAAGCAAUGAUGGGCUGGGUCUACCGCCGCUAGCGGCACCCAGUCAGCUAUCCCCACCACCUGCACCACCGAGCAAUGGAUUACCUCCGUUGAAUGCAGGGCCGCCCGAGGCCGGACGAAUCCCUGACGACCAAUCAGGAGCCAAUAAAACGGGGCCUGGUGUGGCGUCGAACCGACUGCCAUCGCUCUAA